CCAAGGUGCAACAAUCAGCUGGUUGAAGGAGGCAGCUCAUGGGCCACGGCUUCGACCGGCACCUGUUCGCGAUGCGUCGCCUGGCCGCCGCGCGGGGGCGCCACGGGGCGGCGGUGGAGCUUUUCGACGACCGGGCGUACGCCGCUAUCAAUCACAACAGACUGUCAACAUCAACGCUCGGCUCCGACACGUUCGACCUGUUUGCGUUCGCGCCCGUCGUCGCCGACGGCAACGGCAUCUCGUACAACAUCAGCAACCGCCGCUGCUGGAUGGUCGCGUCCGACUGGCGGGGAGGCCCGGCCGGGGGAGACUUCCUCGAGAACGUUGUCGCCUCCGUGAGCGACCUGAGAGAUGUUCUGGACGCGUGAGAGAGGAGAGAGGGAGAGUUCCCCCGUGAAGCGCGCGGUCGCAGGUGGAGGCGGGUGGUCGAAAGCGGUGGCGUGGGCGUGCAAAGAUGUCGACGUUAAAAUGUUUUUAGUGAAAGAUUAGACGAAAUCUUCCCGAGUGUUUUACACGCUGGGUUAUACAAUUCUAUUAUAUUUCUAUUCAGUUUUAUUAUACAGUGGUCAAAUGUUUUAACGAGAGAUUCAUAUGCGAAUAUGAUUUUUAUCCUAGUAUAAAUGUGCUGUGAAGUUUGAUGUGCGGUAUUACUAGUAAUAGUAUAUGACAAUUAGAACUGACAUCUGGUUUUUUGUCUUACGUGUUCUGUGAUGCUUUAAAUAAUUAUAUUAUUACUUGGAUAUAUCUAGGUUUACAGGGCUUUGGCUGCCUUCAUUCCAAUAUUAACAUUUCCACUGGAAUUUUAAUUCAUAAUUCUAACGUUUUUAUAUUAAUUGUUAUUCAAAGCUUGUUCCCUAUUGCUAAUAAAAUUUUAUUCAAUUA